UGGCUGCUUACCGCCUUUUGCCCUGGCGGCCGCGAGGAGGGGGGUGGGCGCUUUCUUUUUCUCUUGGAAGAGGGUUUUAGCGCAGGUUUUCUCGUUCUCACUUCCAACCCCACCUCGCCACCUCCCGACCCCCCUCUCCCCCCUCCCCACCCAUCGUCAUGACGGCGUCUCCGGAUUACUUGGUGGUGCUUUUUGGGAUCACUGCUGGGGCCACCGGGGCCAAGCUGGGUUCGGAUGAGAAGGAGCUGAUCCUGCUGUUAUGGAAAGUCGUGGAUUUGGCCAACAAGAAGGUGGGACAGUUGCACGAAGUACUAGUUAGACCGGAUCACUUGGAACUGACGGAGGAUUGUAAAGAAGAAACUAAAAUAGACGCCGAAAACCUGUCUUCCGCGCCGCAGCUGGACCAAGCCCUCCGACAGUUUAACCAGUCAGUGAGCAAUGAACUGAAUAUUGGGGUAGGGACUUCCUUCUGUUUGUGUACCGAUGGGCAGCUUCAUGUCAGGCAGAUCUUGCAUCCCGAGGCUUCCAAGAAGAAUGUAUUACUACCUGAAUGCUUCUAUUCCUUUUUUGAUCUUCGAAAAGAAUUCAAGAAAUGUUGCCCUGGCUCACCUGAUAUCGACAAGCUGGAUGUAGCAGCGAUGGUGGAGAGUCUCAACUUUGAGAAGAAUGACUCUGUCUCCCGAUAUGGAGCCUCUCAGGUGGAAGACAUGGGGAACAUAAUUUUAGCAAUGAUCUCAGAGCCUUACAAUCACAGAUUUUCAGAUCCAGAGAGAGUAAACUACAAAUUUGAAAGUGGCACAUGCAGCAAGAUGGAACUCAUUGACGACAACACAGUGGUGAGGGCUCGAGGUUUGCCCUGGCAGUCUUCGGAUCAAGACAUCGCCCGGUUCUUCAAAGGACUCAAUAUCGCCAAGGGAGGCGCAGCACUUUGUCUGAAUGCUCAGGGGCGGAGGAACGGAGAAGCACUGGUUAGGUUUGUGAGUGAGGAGCACAGAGACCUAGCGCUGCAGAGGCACAAACAUCACAUGGGGACCCGGUACAUUGAGGUUUACAAAGCGACAGGUGAAGAUUUUCUUAAAAUUGCUGGAGGGACGUCCAAUGAGGUAGCCCAGUUCCUCUCCAAGGAAAAUCAAGUCAUUGUCCGCAUGCGGGGCCUGCCUUUCACAGCCACCGCGGAGGAGGUGGUAGCGUUCUUCGGACAGCAUUGCCCCAUCACUGGAGGAAAGGAAGGCAUCCUCUUCGUCACCUAUCCAGAUGGCAGACCGACGGGAGAUGCUUUUGUGCUCUUUGCUUGUGAGGAGUAUGCUCAGAAUGCCCUGAGGAAGCAUAAGGACUUGCUGGGGAAAAGAUACAUCGAGCUCUUCAGGAGUACUGCAGCGGAAGUUCAGCAGGUGCUGAACCGAUUCUCCUCAAUGCCUCUGAUUCCACUUCCCACCCCUCCCAUCAUCCCAGUACUACCUCAGCAAUUUGUGCCCCCCACAAACGUAAGAGACUGUAUACGUCUGCGAGGUCUUCCCUAUGCUGCCACAGUAGAGGACAUUCUGGACUUUCUGGGGGAGUUUUCCACAGAUAUUCGUACGCAUGGGGUUCACAUGGUAUUGAAUCACCAGGGACGCCCGUCAGGAGAUGCCUUUAUCCAGAUGAAGUCUGCAGACAGAGCGUUCCUGGCUGCACAGAAGUAUCAUAAAAAAACCAUGAAGGACAGAUACGUUGAAGUCUUUCAGUGUUCAGCUGAGGAGAUGAACUUUGUGUUAAUGGGGGGCACUUUAAAUCGAAAUGGCUUAUCCCCACCGCCAUGUAAGUUACCAUGCCUGUCUCCUCCCUCCUACACAUUCCCAGCUCCUACAGCAGUGAUUCCUACCGAAGCUGCCAUUUAUCAGCCGUCUCUGCUCUUCAGUCCACGGGCGCUGCAGCCCUCCACCGCAUACUACCCAGCAGGCACUCAGCUCUUCAUGAACUACACAGCAUACUAUCCCAGCCCCCCAGGUUCGCCUAAUAGUCUUGGCUACUUCCCUACAGCUGCUAAUCUUAGCAGUGUCCCGCCCCAGCCUGGCACGGUGGUCAGAAUGCAGGGCCUGGCCUACAAUACUGGAGUUAAGGAAAUUCUUAACUUCUUCCAAGGUUACCAGUAUGCAACCGAGGAUGGACUUGUACACACAAAUGACCAGGCCAGGACUCUACCCAAAGAAUGGGUUUGUAUUUAAGGGCCCAAGCAGUUAGAUCGUCCUCAGAAAAGAAGUGUUUGAAAGACGUAUUGUGAUCCUGAAACUAUCAGACAAGAAAACUUGGAGCAAUUUCAGGGGAUGUUUGUCUACACUCAGGCUGCAGUAUUUUCAGCCAACACGACUGGAUAGAGGGCCUGGGCCUUACUUUUGGUGGAGUGAAAAAUGUUGAGCCAGUGAAACCAAAUCUUAAUAGUGAGCGGCAUGCACACACUUGGCUCCUUGCUGAGUGCAAAUAGGAAUUAAAAUGUGAAUUUGAAGUCAAUCGUCUCACUUCCAGCUAAAGUGGCAUCAAUUUAAGUCUUAGAUAAAACAUAUUCGUCUGGUAUCCACCUUCCUCCAUUAACUGCUAUGGAAGCUUCAUUGUGUAUUCCCACUAGUCUAUCUCCCUUUUUUCUGUAAAAUAAAACCCUCUUGCUAAGUAAUUUAAGUGUAAGUUCUUAGAAUACUUAAGAACCAAACUAAGAAAAGGAAUAAAACUGAUAUUUUCCCAAAUAUUAGUUUCCUUCAAUAUGCCAUAAUGAUGCCUUAUAGUUAAAAACACAGAUUUUUAAAACACCUCAGACAGGCUGGGCCUGGAACUCAGUGGCAGAGAGCUUGCCUAGCAUGCUAGAGCCCUGGGUUCCAGUCCCAGCUUCCUCUCCACACAUAUGCCUAGUUAACUGUUUGGAUGUUCUUCUCAGCAGGUACCAGUUGUAAAUAAGAAUGAAGUAGGGGCCAAAAUUUGAAACCAAAAAUGAAGCAGCUACAUGUAGUUAGUAUUCCUAGUUUGAGCUGUAACUAAAUGUUCAGCUUCAUAUGUAUUAUUUUAUAUUGUACUUUUUUUCAUUGUUGAUGGUUUGGACUUUAAUAAGAGAAACUCCAUAGUUUUUAAUGUCACAAAAAGAAGACUAUUUGAACAGUGUAUUUUGGAAAGCGAUAUACUAACCGAAGCGAAUGCUUGUGUAUAUUAUGAUAGCCCUUUUUCUGAUGCCUCAGCUGUCAAGUACUUAAAGCCUGUAAACGCAUAAGACUGUAGUCAGCAUGCUGGACUGCGUAAUCACCGAGGCAGCUAGAGCAGUAUCAACGCUCGCUGUUUAGCUGUGUUUAUGCUCCAGAAGUGCAAUAUUAGACACUAGCUGGUACUGCUGCCUUGUGUAACUCAAGGGGAGAAGUGAUUUGAUUAAAUGCACAUAUUUCUUUGUUAACUCAUGUUGCCCUUUCCUUGGAUGCAAUGUCAUGCAGAUUUUGUGGCUGCUAUUUUUAGUUACUUUGCAUUAACACCUUGACUGGGAGUCAAACAUUACCCUAGUACUUGACCAACACUAGCCCUUCAACUGCAGUGGAAAAAAAAAAGCGUUUUGUGAAAGUUGGUGAGAUCUGGUACUCGAAACAAGCAAGAAGAAAGUUCGUACUUGAUGCCUGAAGCCAUUCCUGCCCAGAGCUCUGAGGGACUAAGGUGGGCGGCCGGCGCUUACUACCGUACUGCGUUUCUUUUGUAGAAUUGUUACAGUCAACAAUAAAACUUGCCUGCUUAAUCUCA